CUCGCCGAGACAAACUCCAAACGAGAAACAAAAUCUUGGGACCUUCAAGAAACGAGCGUCCUUUGUUUACUUGUCUUCCUGCAAACACAUUCUCUUGCUUGAUCCCGCCGAACACACAGUAAAAGUUUUUCAGGAAGUCUCAGGUGUAGUACUCUUUUUACAAUCGUCAUGCACGCACUUUCACUGCUAUCCUCCGUUCUCGCUGUGGGUAGCUCUCUUCUCGCUGUAUCUCCCGUCGAAUCCUUCUCGCCUCGUUUGGCGUUCGGACAAAGGCACCGCCCAGGUACUGCCUCUCUGGUACAGCAACGAAGAGUCCCCCCUUCCGCUACUUCUCACAACUCCCGCCAGUACAGGGAGCAUGUGAUUCUUGCAAUGACCAGUUCCAGCAGUGCCUCGACGGGCUCUUUCGAACUUCCGGAAGACGGACCGCCCGAAAGCAGCGGCAGCGAUAAUAGCAACGGUCGGGGCAUUUCCAGUUCGGAGCUCCGCCAAGUCAGUGAAGCACGGCAGCGUCGUCUACAGGAAGAAGAAGAACGCCUUUCUCGAUUCGUGUUUGGUGAUGAUUUACACAAACUUCGUCAGCAAGUGCUCAGCUUGCGGCAAUCGCUACAAGAAUCCCGUUUAAUUGGUGCUCAUGAGCGCACCCGGGAGCUAGAACAAGCCAUUCUUUUUGCGCAGAAUUUGGAUGCCGAGUUUGUCUACAUUGUGGCUUUGGAAAAGGCCGCUCGGGCGGCAAAAGACGGGGAUAUUGCCAGUGCGGAACAAUAUCGCAAGGAAGCCCGGUAUGCCCGAAAUGCUCUGCCACAGUUCAAUUUGGAUGGAUUAUGGGUCGGCAAAUACGGCUCGCACGGUUUUGAAAUGGUUAACGUAACUUAUGUAGGAGAUACACUGGUUGCUUACAAGGUGACUGGUGAUCAGAAUGUCCCCAAGGGUGAAGUUUCCUUUACGGUCGAUCUCAGUCUUGACGCUGCUGCUUCAAAAGGGCCCACAGUUGCGGGAGGGUUGGAACCAAUUCAACUCGGGAAAAAAGCGGCAGCGCAAUGGGGAAGCCAAUACUUACAACGGUUUGCAGGACAAGGACAAGUUGCCAGCAAGGGAUAUCGCAACGCACAAUGGUUGGAGGGUCAAUUGAUCCUAGUGUCACAGUACUUCAGCUUUGCCUGGCUACCAAUCUCGCAUCAAGUAUUUUUUGGACGUCCAAGUGCGGAAUUGACCUUGAAAUUGUUGCGACAAGACCGACAGUCUGGCAGGUCGCCCCUGGCUGAUGACAAUGACGCGGCCACGCGGCAAUACUUGGAACGUUGCCUCGAAGAGACGAUAUUGCUCGAGGAUGAAAUGGAAAUCAACAAUGAAGGUUUUUUCGCUUCCCACAAUCAGGAAGAUUAUUACACUCAGUCAGGUUGCUUCGAAUAG